AAUGUUUCAGUGCGUGCCCUGAACAUGUGUGGAUACCUUCUCUUCUACCUCGUUUUGUUUAGUUUGUCAUCAUACGACAAUGCUGCUCCCACGAAGCAAAACUAUGAGAAUCCGGAAACUCUAAGUCCAGUUCAGUUACAGAGUCCCGAAUUCUAUCCCACCGCUGUCGUUUUGCAACCUACCAAUCUGGACAAAGAAACGGGACAGAUUUACUCCUCAACCAAUCCUACGCCUGAGAUACAUUUGCAAGAGAGAUUUUUAUGCUUGCCCUCAUUCAAAAGGAGGAAUAACAACGCAGGUAACUAUAAAGGAAGAAAAUUGCGUCCAUCCGCAUCCAACUCCAACUCCAAGAGAAAGCGUGGAGGUCGCCGACCAAACUCAAGUCCCCCUCCGGAGAGCCCAAAAAGCCCAAUCCCAACAGUUGUUACCACUCCCGGGCCUGUUUCGGGUCCACGAGGACCACCGUCGCCACCGAGUCCUGGACACCCAAGCACAUGGAAAAACCACGGCGACCAUGCAAUGUACUACCAGCCUCCUAAUUAUCCAUACGUUCACGUCAUUCCUUACAAGGAGGAUCCCUUGGAUAGUUUGACCAACAGUAUGCAUAGAGCGACUUGGGCAUCUUAGGAUUUUGUUUCAUUUGUAGUGAA